UAAAUUAAUGUGUACUAUAAAACAAAAACAAACAGAUUUUCGCAAUAAAAUGCGACACUAAAGAUUUACAACAUGCAUAAAAAGCAAUGAUUUUGAAGGGCAUCAUACUCCAGAGCUGAUUUGUGGAAUUUAGAGUCAUGAAGCGGGAGGAGAGGGAGACAGAAGGGGAAACUCUUCCAGCAGGAUCAACUUCCCUCCCAUCACCAUCAGCAGCAGUGUGCAGCAGCGAGUAUUCCUGUGUGGAUGUGUGCUGUCAGCCCUUAGUGAAAUACACACCGAGGGACCUCCUCGGUCCACAUGAGCUGAGAGUUCUGGAGCCUAACCUGUGCGUCUGCGCGCACCGGGGAGAAGCAUGCAAACUGGGACUCUGCAGCUCUCAGGAUCAGUGAGAGGAAGAAGGUGCGCAGAAGCAGACUGAACCCUCAAGGGCCUCAGACGGGAACCAUGUGCAGCUCCCUGAGCCCGAAGCAGUCUUUUAGCCCCGGGCUGACGGACAUGCAGCAGUACCAACAGUGGCUCUCCAGUCGGCAUGAAGCCAGCCUCCUGCCUAUGAAGGAAGACCUGGCCCUGUGGCUCACUAACAUUCUUGGUCUGGAAAUCACCGCUGAGAACUUCAUGGAUCGGUUAGACAAUGGAUUCCUGCUGUGCCAGUUGGCUGAGACGCUCCAGGAGAAGUUCAGGCAAAGCAUUGAAGACUUGCCUAACCUUGGCAACGGCAAGAGAAUCCCUCAUCGGAGGAUUCCGUGUCGGCAGAGCGCUCCCUCUGGCUCUUUCUUCGCCAGGGACAACACAGCCAACUUCCUGGCCUGGUGCCGCGAGGUUGGAGUUGGAGAAACGUGUCUCUUUGAGUCGGAAGGUUUAGUUCUUCACAGGCAGCCGCGGGAGGUGUGCCUCUGUCUUUUAGAGUUGGGCCGGAUUGCCUCACGGUACAACAUAGAGCCUCCAGGCCUUAUCAAGCUGGAGAAGGAGAUUGAACAGGAAGAGAAAUCCCCUCCGCCUCCUCCAUCACCUGUAUCUUCAGCUCAGCCCCUCCCUUCACCUCCUUCUUCUCCUUCUCCCUCACCCUCCCCGUCACCCUCCCCGUCACCUUCCCCGUCACCGAGUCCGACCAAAGUGACUCCAAGCAAAAAGAGUACGGGGAAGUUGUUGGAUGAUGCCGUUAGACACAUCGCUAAUGAUCCACCCUGCAGGUGUGAGAAUAAGUUCUGUGUGGAGAGACAGUCACAGGGUCGGUACCGGGUUGGAGAGAAGAUGCUCUUUAUAAGGAUGCUGCACAACAAGCAUGUGAUGGUGCGAGUGGGUGGCGGCUGGGAAACGUUUGAAAGCUACCUCCUGAAACACGACCCCUGCCGCAUGCUGCAGUUCUCAAGGGUGGAUGGCAAGACGUCCCUCAUUAGCAGCAAAACCCCCAACAUCAAGGACCUUUCACCCGACAGCUACCUGGUGGUGGCAGCUCACUAUCGCAGCAAGAAGUAAAGAAAUAACAGUUAUACAACAGUACAGAGGAUCACCUUCAGUUGGUGCUUAUUUUAUUAUUAGUAUAUAUAUCUGUUUUUAUACAUUUUAAAGCUGUAAAAGAGAAAGUACACACAAAAUUAACUGGAAAAUUUAAAGUUUAAAAGCAGACAAUUUGAUAUUUAAAAUGGUUAAAUGGGUGCAUUGGGGGGUACUUUUUUAGAUUGCAACUUUACUUGAAAUGGUUCAAACCAUAAAGUAGGUGGGUUGUUUAUUUUUGUUUGUUUAUUCAUAUUAAAGGGGAAAUGUAAGCACCUUUGUGACAUUUUUUUAUUGAAUUUAUGAGUGAUUAGUGAGCAAAACUUGCUUAAAAUAUAUUUUUUCAACAUUUAAGUGCUAUCACACAAAUCAAAAUACAAGUAGAAAUGAUGCAACCCAAAGAACAUUUAAAGCUUUCUCAUAGCUGUUGAAUUUCUUGCAAAUUGUGAUAAAUAACCUUUACUUUAUGAACUAUUUGUACUUAAAAAAAAUCCAUGCAAACAUUUUCAUCGUUUCUAAUAUCUGAAGAACAUAAUCACAUGUACCACUGAUACCUUUAAUUAUUUUAAACCUGCACAUUUUUUACAAGGCGAUUUCAUUCCAUUGUUUCCCUGUUACGUUACUGCCCCCUAGAGGCAAUACAGGAAAACAACAGCUCUUAAUUUAGAUUCCUUGUUUCAUACUAGCAAAAGGAAGUCAUUUAAUUUCCUGCAUUAUGAUUUAAAUUAUAAGCUUUAUUGUGAUAAUAUUAGUAACCUGCUUUAGUGUGUGACCCUUGGUUGCACAAGUUUGUGUGUAAAAUAAUCCCUAUUUUUAAGGUGUACAUUUUUAAUAAAUUCUCCAACAUUAAAAGUUUUAGUGGAUUUUUUAUUUUUUUAUUCUUCUUACCAUGUCUUUAAUGGUGUAACACAACAUAAUAAAUCAGACAAA